AUCCUGUUUGGGUAAUCCUGAUAAGGCCGCACAGCCCCUCCCCGCCGCCGAUUCAUUGAGAAAACGGCCGUUGACACCGCGCCGGGAACUCGCUCGGCCCGGCCCAGGGACAACGGGGUUGGCUGGGUGGUUUUAAUGAGGGCUGCUUAAUCAGGCCGGUCAAGGCUGUGGAGGGGUGUUCACUGUGACCCGGCCUUAUAAGAGCUGGCUGGAGCAGCCACGAGCUGGCAGAGCUGGGAGGACGGGGACAAUCCGGCCUGUGACAUAUUUUGGAAGGGAUUUUACAUCUCUCUCCCACCUGCUGAAUUUCGACGAGGACUUGGCUCAGCCAUGAGCACCAGCGUGGAUAUGGAGUGUGAGAGGUGCCAGUGCCACGGCAAGGACAAGCACCCUGCCAUCCUGUACACCCUCCUGAGCCAGAACCUGCCCUGUGGCGGGGCCCGGCAGCGCUGCCUGUGCCACCAGCGCCGCACCGUGUGCCUGCGCACGCCACACCUCACCUGCCAGGCCGCCUCUGACGUGCUGGUCAAAACCAUCAACUUCAUGAAGAACGUCGCUGCCUUCCACCUGCUGCCACGGGAGGAUCAGCUGCUGCUGCUGGACAGCUGCUGGGUGCCCCUCUUCCUGCUGGGGCUGGUGCAGGAGAUGGUGACCUUCGAGGUGAUGGAGGCCCCGGCCCCCAGCAUGCUCAAGAAGAUCCUCCUCAGCGGCCAGAGCAAAGGGCAGGAGCCCGAGGGGACACAGCCCACGCUGGCUGCCGUGCAGCAGCUGCAGUGGUGCCUCCACAGCUUCUGGAGGCUGGACCUGAGCCCCAACGAGUACACCUACCUGAGGGGAGCCAUUCUCUUCAAUCCGGACAUCCCUGGGCUGAGGGCUCCGCUCUACAUCGAGAGCCUGCAGUGGGAAGCCCAGCGAGCGCUCCGGGAGCUGCUGCGGCCGCUGCACCCCGAGGAUCAGGGCCGCUUUUCCCACAUCCUACGGGUCACCUCCUCCUUGAAAUCCAUCCCUGCCGCCCUCGUCACGGACCUGUUCUUCCGGCCCAUCAUCGGCGACGCGGACAUGGGGGAGCUGCUGGUGGAGAUGCUGUUUGAGGUCGCGGGCUGGCCGCAGGCCCCGUGGCUGCCCCUGCCCUGCUGAGCGGGGAUUUGGGAGAGAAGCGCUCCGGACUCUGCGGGAACGCCGUGUUUCACUGGGGCCGAGGCUGCAGCAUCGCUGGGAAGCAGCUGUGGCUCAGCAGAUUUUACAGCAGCUCCUGCUCCGCCUGCGCCGGUCUCCAGCCCCGGGAGUGUGUGUGGGUGAGGGGUUUCCUUCCCUGUUCCAGAGCACGGAGCUCUGCUCCCAGUUUCUACUCAUUUUGCUGUGAACUCCAAGCAGUGAAGGUUGUCCCCAGCUUGAUCCCGUGGUGUCUGGUGGCCUCAGUGGGAUCACUGACCGAGGGCUAACAUUACAGAAUUAGCUCUGGCUCUGGCUUCUGUGCUUAGAAAUACGCAGGAAAUUUCUUCAGGGAAAAAGCCAGAGUGUUAAAUCCUACAGGGUGUACAGACUCGCCCCUCUUUUCCUUAGAUUCUCUCUUUCCUCCAUAAUUCCAUGAAAUACAAAAGGAUUAAGAGCACUUAGGAGCACCUAAACCUACUGCACCUCAUUUGGGGCUCUGGGCUUUCCCGUUUGUGUGAAAAGUGAACCCCGAGUGGAGCUGGUUUAGUGGGAGAUCCAAACCUCCCUCACUGGAGUUAGAGCCAGGUGCACACCUGGAAAACUCGCUCCUCCUGCCUCCAACAGGCGAGGUGACAGUAUUUUAUAAGUGAACAUUCAUGUGGUUUGUAUAUAAGAUGCAAUAAAUUAUUUUUUUAAUAAAAUGUUUGGUGCUUUGGAA